AUGGCGGAGCCUCAGCCGAACUCCGAGACGCUCAGCCUGCGACGAGCCAUCCGCAGCCUCCACAGGCGCCGACCUCCGGAGUCUCACAGCUCGUGGUCGGCCCUCACGGAACCCGUGAUGGACCACGCCGAGGUGCCGCGACCGCCGUCCCGCAGGCGUGCCCAGCCCACGGAGUCGGCCGUGCGCCUCUUUGAGAAGAACGUCAACUUCUUCCAGGGCAUGUUCUACGCGACGCUCAACAGCGCCCUCGUCGGCGUCAUCUCGGUACUCAUCAAAAUCCUCUACGACGUGCCCACCCUCCAGCUGACGGCCAUGCGACUCGCCGGCAUAUUCGUCUUCUCCUUGCCUUUGGUCAUCCACAGCGGCCACCAUCCGAUGGGCCAUCCUUCCAGCAGGGUCUACCUGGUCCUCCGGGCAACGGUGGGCCUAGCGGGCCUCUACUUCCGCUUCUGGUCGAUGAAGCUGAUCCCGCUGUCCGACGUGGCCGUGAUCCUCGCCAGCCUUCCCGUCUUCGUGACGGCGCUGGCCCGCGUCUUCCUCAACGAACCGUGCGGCGUCGCGGACACCCUCAUACUGAUCCUGACCAUGGCCGGCCUCAUGAUGUCCGCCAAGAUCCCCCUGCCCUUCAUGCAGGCCUCGGGUUCCCGGGAGGACAAGCCGGACGUCGACAAGUACAAGGGCCUCGUGUUCGCCCUCCUGUCGACCAUAUUCGGCGCCGCCAAGUUCCUCAUCAGCCGCACGGUGCGCCACGAGCACCACUCGCCGUACGUGCUGCCCCGCUGCGGUCUGGGACGCGUCAUCUUCGCGUCCUUCACGGUGCUCAGCUUCCUGGAACAGCUGGUGCUCAUCAAGGCGCUCCAGAUGGAGAACGCCGGACCCGUGUCGGUGGUGAUCGCCGCCAUGGACGUGGUGUUCAUGUUCGCCGUGGAACUCAUACUGUUCGGCAACAUUCCCGACAAGUACAGCUUCACGGGUGCCACACUCGUGUCCGUGUGCGUCUUCUUGCAGAUGGCCAAGAAGACGGUCACAGAGUCGCACGAAAAGUCGCUCUUCCGAAGGCUGUUUUUUUGGCUCGCCUAUUGA